CGUCUCGUCUCUGUCUCCCGCAGGCCUGCCGCUCCUCUUGUAUGCGAACCGGAGGGACUUGCGGUUGGUGGAUGCGGCUCACGGUCGAGGGAACGCCACGGUGGUGAUCGGCGGUUUGGAGGACGCAGCGGCGGUGGAUUACGUUUACGAGCAGGGACUGAUUUACUGGAGCGACGUGAGCGAGGAGGCCAUCAAGCGGACGCUGUUUAACGGGUCAGGGCCCGGCGGGCUCCAGAACACAGUCGUGUCCAGUCUGGCCUCUCCGGACGGCCUGGCCUGUGACUGGAUGGGGAAUAAGCUCUACUGGACCGACUCCGAGACCAAUCGGAUAGAAGUGGCCGAGCUGGACGGGACGCACCGGAAAGUGUUGUUCUGGCAGGAUCUGGACCAGCCGAGAGCCAUCGCUCUGGAUCCGGCCCGAGGGUACAUGUAUUGGACGGAUUGGGGUGAGAUCCCGAAGAUCGAGCGCGCUGGGAUGGACGGGACGCAUCGCUCGGUCCUCAUCGACUCUGAGAUAUACUGGCCCAACGGCCUGACGCUCGACUACGACCUGCAGAAACUCUACUGGGCCGACGCCAAGUUCAGCUUCAUCCACCGCUGCAACCUGGACGGCUCGGGCAGGGAGGUGGUGGUGAAGGGCUCUCUGCCGCACCCGUUCGCGCUGACGCUGUACGAGGAAACGCUCUUCUGGACGGACUGGAACACACACUCCAUCCACGCCUGCCUCAAACACACGGGAGAGAACAGCCACGAGAUCCACACCAACAUCUUCUCACCCAUGGACAUACACGUCUACAGCCAAGAGCGGCAGCCGCUGGAGGUGACGAGUACCUGCGCUCUGAAGAAUGGAGGAUGUUCUCAUCUGUGUCUGCUAUCUCCAGUCAAACCUUAUUACCAGUGCGCCUGUCCGACCGGCGUCCAGCUACUGGACGACAACAAGACCUGCAGAGAUGGUGCCACUCAGCUGCUGCUUCUGGCGCGGCGCACAGACCUGCGGCGGAUCUCUCUUGACACGCCAGACUUCACCGACAUCGUGCUGCAGACCGACGACAUCCGGCACGCCAUCGCCAUCGACUUCGACCCGGUGGAGGGACACAUCUACUGGACGGACGACGAGGUGCAGGCCAUCCGCAGGUCCCGCCUGGACGGGAGCGAGGCUCAGUUCGUGGUGACCUCGCAGGUGAAUCAUCCGGACGGGAUCGCCGUGGACUGGAUCGCACGGAACCUGUACUGGACCGACACCGGCACGGACCGGAUCGAGGUGACGCGGCUGAACGGAAGCAUGAGGAAGAUCCUGAUCUCGGAGGAGCUGGACGAGCCGAGGGCCAUCGUGCUGGACCCCGCCGCCGGAUGUUCAUGUGCUGCUGUGUGUGACUGCUGCUGCUCAGUCAUGCUGGAUGGUAGUUUGGCAGUUUCUGCUGCUUCUCAGACCAUCAGUCGUGCGUUCAUGAACGGCAGCGCUCUGGAGCACGUGGUGGAGUUCGGUCUGGACUAUCCCGAGGGAAUGGCCGUGGACUGGCUGGGAAAGAACCUGUACUGGGCCGACACGGGGACCAACCGCAUCGAGGUGGCCAAACUGGACGGGCAGCACAGACAGGUUCUGGUGUGGAAGGAUCUGGACAGCCCUCGAGCACUGGCACUGGACCCGGCCGAGGGCUUCAUGUACUGGACAGAGUGGGGUGGACGGCCGAAGAUCGACCGCGCGGCCAUGGACGGUUCUGGACGCAUCACUCUGGUGCCGAAUGUGGGCCGCGCGAACGGACUGACCAUCGACUACACCGAGCGGCGGCUGUACUGGACGGACCUCGACACCACGCUGAUCGAGUCCUCCAACAUGCUGGGUCUGGAGCGUGAGGUGAUCGCUGACGAUCUGCCGCAUCCGUUCGGACUCACACAGUACCAGGACUACAUCUACUGGACUGACUGGAGCCAGCGCAGCAUCGAACGGGCCAACAAGACCAGCGGGCAGAACCGCACCGUCAUACAGGGCCACCUGGACUACGUCAUGGACAUCCUGGUGUUCCACUCGUCCAGACAGAGCGGCUGGAACGCCUGCGCCUCCACCAACGGUCACUGCUCGCACCUGUGUCUGGCUGUUCCUGUCAGCAGCUUCGUGUGCGGCUGCCCCGCGCAUUACUCACUCAACUACGACAACAAGACCUGCAGCGCGCCCACAUCCUUCCUGCUGUUCAGUCAGAAGACAGCCAUCAACCGCAUGGUCAUCGACGAGCUGCAGAGCCCCGACAUCAUGCUGCCCAUCCACAGCCUCAGAAACGUGCGCGCCAUCGACUACGACCCGCUCGACCGCCAGCUGUACUGGAUCGACUCCAAGCAGAACGCCAUCCGCCGCGCGCAGGAGGACGGGAACCAGAGCGAGACGGUGGUGUCCAGCGCGAGCCUCGGCCUGCAGCCCUACGACCUCAGCAUCGACGUCUACAGCCGCUUCAUCUACUGGACCAGCGAAGUGACCAACGUCAUCAACGUCACGCGCAUCGACGGGUCACGGGUCGGCGUGGUGCUGCGCGGAGAACACGACAAACCCCGCGCCAUCGUGGUCAAUCCAGAGCGAGGGUACAUGUACUUCACCAAUCUGCAGGAGCGUUCUCCGAAGAUCGAGCGCGCCGCUCUGGACGGGACGGAGCGCGAGGUGCUGUUCUUCAGUAAUCUGGGCAAGCCGGUCGCUCUGGCCGUCGACAACGAGCUGGGAAAACUCUUCUGGGUCGACAUGGACCUGAGGCGCAUCGAGAGCAGCGACCUGUCCGGAGCCAAUCGCAUCGUGAUCGAGGACUCCAACAUCCUGCAGCCGGUGGGUCUGACGGUGUUUGGGAACUUCCUGUACUGGAUCGACCGGCAGCAGCAGAUGAUCGAGCGCAUCGAUAAGAUCACGCGCGAGGGACGCACCAAGAUCCAGGCGCGCAUCGCCUCUCUGAGCGACAUCCACGCCGUCCACGAGCUGCGCAUGGAGGAGUACAAUAAACACCCCUGCACGUCUGAUAACGGCGGCUGCUCGCACAUCUGUCUGGUGAAGGGAGACGGAUCCACGCGCUGCUCGUGUCCGGUUCACCUGGUGCUGCUGCAGGACGAGCUCUCCUGCGGAGAGCCGCCCACGUGUUCCCCGGAGCAGUUCUCCUGUGUGUCCGGCGAGGUGGACUGUAUCCCGCAGGCCUGGCGCUGCGACGGCUUCGCUGAGUGUGACGACAGCAGCGACGAGCGAGACUGUCCCGUCUGCUCCGAGGAGGAGUUCCAGUGCGACAGCAAGCAGUGCGUGGACUUUUCUCUGCGCUGCAACGGAGAAAUCAACUGCCAGGACCGAUCCGAUGAGAACAAAUGUGAAGUUCUCUGUCCCAUGGAUCAGUUCACCUGCGCCAACGGCCAGUGCAUCGGGCGGCACAAGAAGUGUGACCACAACACGGACUGCACAGACAACUCGGACGAGAUCGGCUGCUACGCGACUGAAGAGCCGUCCUUUCCUCCCACGAACACCAUCGGCUCUAUCGUGGGUGUGGUGAUGCUGCUGUUCGUGGUGGGCGCUGUGUAUUUCGUGUGCCAGCGUGUGCUGUGUCCUCAGAUGAAGGACGACGGCGAGACCAUGACCAAUGACUUCGUGGUGCACGGGCCGCCGCCGGUGCCUCUGGGAUACGUGCCUCACCCCGGCUCUCUGAGCGGCUCGCUGCCAGGCAUGUCUCGUGGGAAGUCGGUCAUCGGCUCGCUGAGCAUCAUGGGAGGCAGCAGCGGUCCUCCGUAUGAUCGAGCACAUGUGACCGGAGCCUCGUCCAGCAGCUCCUCCAGCACCAAGGGCCCAUACUUUCCUCCGAUCCUGAAUCCCCCUCCGUCUCCCGCCACAGUGAGGUCGCAGUAUACGAUGGAGUUCGGUUACUCGUCGAACAGCCCGUCGACGCACCGAUCGUACAGCUACAGGCCGUACAAUUACCGUCACUUCGCCCCUCCGACGACGCCCUGCAGCACAGACGUGUGCGACAGCGACUACACGCCGGGCCGAAGGGCUCCGCACGCAUCCAGCGCCGCCGCCAAGGGCUACACCAGCGACCUGAACUACGACUCGGAGCCGCUACCACCGCCGCCCACCCCACGCAGCCAGUACCUGUCUGCAGAGGAGAACUGUGAGAGCUGCCCGCCGUCGCCCUACACCGAGCGCAGCUACUCACACCACCUGUACCCGCCGCCGCCCUCGCCCUGCACGGACUCAUCCUGAGCCCUGCCCACUGCUGUGUAAGCCCCGCCCACCUCCGCAUAAGCCCCACCCUGCACGGAUUCAUCCUGAGCCCCGCCUACCUCCACGUAAGCCCCGCCCUGCACGGACUCAUCCUGAGCCCCGCCCACCUCCACAUAAGCCCCGCCCACAGCAUCAGUGUAUAUAGCCGGUGGCUGACUUUGACCGGAGAAAAACACGUGGGCGUCUGUCUCGGGUCUGGCGGCUCUCUGUACAUUUAAAAGAAAAAGAAAACAUAUUUAUAUAUUUUCUAUACAGUGUUUAUUGGUUAUGCCAUAGAGGUUUGUAUUAAAAGAAAUUUGUAAAUUUUUUUUAAAGAGAAAGUUUUAUUAAAUCCACACAGACGUGAUACGUUGCCUUAAUCCAGGAGUUUAGAAUCAAACGCGUUCAUGCCAAAUAGAUGGAAGGCCCGUCGCCCCCUGCAGGCUCGGAGCAGCAGCACACUGUGACCUGAAACUCAAACUCUCAAUCACCCGCCGGAUGAGCUACCAAACAAGACGGUACUCGUAUUUUUCUACUAUUUUUGUAUUGAAGACGUCAUGUGGCCUCUGUGCGUGACGAACUUCAGCGGCACCUCGACUCGGACGCUUUAGGGAAACGGACGGGAAGUGACGCGAUCCAAACCAACCAAGUGGAACCUUCCCGCAGCCGACGCGUGACGCAGGUCACGUCAGGUCACGUGUGACACACGGCUCACAAUCACGGACCACUUCUCGUGCCUGACCGCUUUUUAGAAGACACUUUCAAUCAUUUUUCACUUUUUUUAAAUCUCAGUGCCCACAAAAGGUUGAUUAUUUUUGUACCACAUACUGUGUAGAUACUGUAUUUAUAAGCUAUAAAGAAGAAUCUUCAUAUUCAUCAUCAUCGUCA